CGCUCCGCUGUCGCUGGUGCUCUAAAUAUCGCGUGCGUUCGUAAAAAGCAUACUUCACGAACUGUUUCAUAAAUAACCAUUGUAUGCAUAUUAGACACUUAUUAUUCAAUUGUGACAAUUUGCUAUAAGUGUGUUGUUUACAAUUUUUUUAAUAAAAUAUAUUUUGAAGUGGAAUUUGAAUUUGAAUUUGAAAAAAAUUUGCAAUAACGUAUCUGACUUUAAUGAAGGGCAAAGAGUCAAUUAGCUCUUAAAAAAUAAGUGGAACAGAUAAGUAAAGUGAUAAAAAAGUGUUUAUAGUGCCUUAACAAUGGUCCAAUAAUUAUUUUUAUCAUACACCUCCAACCAAAAUUUUUAAUAUAGCGUUGUAGCAAAACAGGACCAACCAUCCCAACGACCAGACCAACAUUAUGCGGCUUUUAAAAAUAACUACUAUUAUAUUAUAUACUUUGUUUUUUAACUGUUGCUACACGUAUGUCAUUGAAAAAGUAACCACAGCAGUACAGCAUGCGGAAGGACCUUUUUGGUGCCCAGAAACUAGAAAUCUACUUUAUGUAGAUUCAUUUAAGUUAACUUUACAUCGAAUUAACAUAGACAACAAAAAACAAAAGGAGACUGUGCUACUUAAGAACCACCGUUCGAUUGGUUUCGUUAUUCCCAUAAACUGUACACAGGAAAGAUACUUGGUAUUUGCCGACCACGAUGUAUAUGAUUUAAGGUGGUCUUCAAAUGUGACAGUACUAGAAAAAAUUCUAACAAUAGAAAAGAAUAAACCAAAGAAUCAAUAUAACGAAGGAAAGGCUGAUAGAAGAGGCAGAGUUUGGGCAGGAACUUUAACCAGAAAGGAGGACCUGGGGGUAGAAUCAGGUGGCGGUAGUUUAUACAUGAUCGACAAUAAACUAAGAGUCAAUCUUGAAUUAACUAAUUUGAGCAUCAGCAACGGCUUAGUUUGGAAUAGGAAUUUUACCAAGUUUUAUUUUAUUGAUAGCGCGACCAAGAACAUAGACGAGUAUGAUUACAAAGAGAAGUCAGCAAGUAUAACUAACAGAAGGACUGUUAUAAACAUUAAAGAUGCCGGUUUUCAAGGUAUUCCGGACGGAAUGAACAUAGACCUAAAGGGUAAUUUAUGGAUAGCAUUAUUUGGAGGCCAUCAUGUACUCCAGGUCAAUCCCGUAACAGGAGAAAUAAUCCGUAAAAUAAAGAUGCCCGCCACAUACAUUACGUCGGUUAUAUGGGGUGGAAAUAACUUCGAAACCUUGUUCGUGUCGACAUCCCGUCUUAGACUUAACAAAGAGCAAUUAAAGGAAGAACCGGAUGCUGGCAGUAUAUUUGCAGUUAAGGGUUUAGGAGUAAAAGGUCUUAAGUUAAAUAUGGCUAAAAUUAAAAAAUAAUAUGGCAGCUUUAAAGUUGUUUUUUAAUUUACUAAUUUAUAAUAAUAUUUAUUUAAAAGUUAGUAAUUUAUACUUUUCGUUUAGAAAUAUACAUAUUUAUUUUUUCA